AACCAGGAUCCGAUCCUUGCACCUAUAAUACCCAGGGACGAUCGCUGCAACAGACCUCUUAGCACUUGGUCACUAUGUUUCGUGCUCAUGCAGCCCGUUCUUUCCACGACUCGAACUCAAACAUUCCAAGUAUACCUAGCCCCUACGCUCGAGGUGAAGCGUUUACAGACCCGAGACGGAAACAGACUAUCAUCAGUCUCUUGGAUGUCCUGAGCGAGCUUAGCAACGAAGCUUCUUUAGACAGCGAUGUCAACCUCCCUUCGAACUUCGAGGAUGACCGAGACGUUCCUACCGUGGAUGAAAAACUGCAGGUCGCAGGAUCAGAAUCAUUCAACAAAUUUGAGAAGCGAAUCGACAAUCUUGACAAAGAGCUACGCAACUUCGCCAAUGCUGCUCGCCAACUUGGUAGUUCCGUUGGAAUAUUGUCUUCCGCUUUUCGACUACGGGAGCGCCUCACAAAAUUAUUGUUUCUUUUUCGCGAGAACGCGGCCACGUUGUUUCCUCGGAGAAUUUCACGCCAACCUCGAGAGAUGCUCGUUAAUCCUAACUUGAUGGACCGACGACGCACGUGGAGAGGCCAACAACCUCCACUCAAACACAUGAACGAUGAAACCCUUGAUCCAGAAAGUUUCCCCGGUCAAUUCGCUAGUUUCGCAGAAGACGUUGUAACGUUCCUGAACUGCCUGAACGAGUUCCCGGAGUUUACAGACGAGGCAGUCAAUACGUCAAUGCGUGCUUUCGAAGUCGAUCUGAAGUAUUGGGCUUCGUGUCUUCAGGAGUACAAAGGUCAAUUUCGGUAUCCAGCAGUGCAGCGCUAUAUCCACGAUUUGACGUCGGAGAUUGGGGAGCACAUUGACAACAUCACGGUCAAUCUGUCGAUGUUUAUCGAAAUCGGCGUUCCGACGAUUAGGUUCGCCCAGCAGCAUGCGGCGGCAAACCUGCUAAACUUGUCGACAGUCGCGACCUUCUUCUCGGCUGUGACGGCAACGACCUUGCAGUUCUCAUAUCAGCUGACAGAUGGGGUACUGGAGAAGUCUGUCAAUGCGUUCUGGUUUUCUUCGUUGGUUUUCAGUAUAGCAGCCGCAGUGAACAGUCUCCUUGGUCUCACCUGGAAGCAAGCCAUGUAUCGCUCUCCAGGCCAUAGGGUACCUUGGUGGGUAUUGAUAUGGAUUAAACGGUCGCCUUUGGUUUUUCUCGUUAUGUCUGUGGCAUGCUUCUCCGCGGGCUUGAUGCUAUUUACAUACGCCACAAACCAGGGAUUUGUCACGUCCACGAUUACCACUGUUUUCACGGCUGUCACUUCCUUUGGCCUGGCUGCCGUCUCGGCCUGGUUCGCCUCAGAGCGAUGGAUAUUUGUUCAGCAUCGUGGUCACGUUUGGCUGGAGGAUGUGAUAAAUGAAACAACCCACCGCAUGCUCCUCCUUUCUGUGGUCGUGGAAACGCGGAAGAUCAUUCACUACUGCAAUCAACGCAUCUUGGCCAUACGCGGCCUGUUAAGACGAGUGUCCUUCAAGAAGUUAACCAACAUGAUUACUCGGAUGAGACACAAGCACCAUACUCUUCCUACCACGCAGGAGCGUCCCCAGAUGAUCGAGCUUCCUCACCACCAGGAGAUAGCUAUAUCUGUAUGCUCGGAAUAUACUGAGCGUCCCAAUUCUAUGGAAGGUCAUCCGAGUGAGGAGAGCGACGCUUCUCGCAGAGCUAUUGCCCGUCAGCGCUUCAAAGGAGCUGUGCGUUCUGUCAUCAUGAUGCAACAGCAGCAAGCGGGGCAGCCCCAUCCGUAUCUACGGCCCUUCAUGCCGCCACGAACCCCUUCCUUCGAUAGGAAUUCUUCUGGAGGGAUGUCUCCCACGCGUUUCUCAUCCCUCGCUUUGAAUACCAUUCGAGGACAGAGAGUCUCCACUUUGAUCCCCAAGCUGAAAACCCUGGAACCCUUGCAAGACCUCUCCGUACACACUGCCCUUGUUCGACAUCUACAGUUCUCCCCGAAUGGCAAAUAUCUCGCUACGUCAAGUUGGGAUCGAUCUUCAGUCAUCUUUCGUGUCGGAGAGUCUUUUUCAACUCAGGCUGUUCUUGUACACGUGCGAGGCUUCAUCGGCCAGGUUGCAUGGUCUGCAUCCGGUACCAUUCUCUUGACGAGAUUGACUCGCGGACUCAAAGUCUGGACGGAGGAUGGACUCUGCAAGAGAACAAUUGACCGUCCGCACUCUGUGUCAUCCAUUGCAUGGCUGCCUGCCAGCGAGACGCAAUUUUUCUCUGUCGAAGGUAGCGAUGUUUUCAAACUGGACGUUCAAGGAAGGGUUCUUGAUUCAUAUCACUUCGGUCGCAUCCAGUUGCACAACGUGGCUGUGACUCCAGAUGGCCAGCGGUUACUGGGUGUGGGUCCACUACUUGCGGCACCUAAUGGGUUGCAUCCAAGCCGCACCACUAGGGUUGAGAAGCGUAUAAUAGUUUUCAACGUAGAGACAAGACAAUUUGAAAAUCAAACGCCCGUCGUCAACGACGUGCGUGACAUCACGAUAUCCAAAAGAGGUGGAAACGUGCUGAUUUCCUUCGAACGCAAGACACCUCCGCAGUUAUGGAAGAUGGAGCUAGUACGGGACGCUAGGGAUCGCGAACAUCCCUAUGCACAAAUCGCUAGGCUACUUCUCCGUCACACGUAUCUGCCAAAAGCUCACGUGGAUUUCGCGGGCCCGAGCUACUUUGGCGGUAAGGAAGACCAGUUAGUGUUAUGUGCUGGAAAAGCGGGCGAUAUCCAUAUCUGGGAUCGUGAUACUGCAGCUUUACUCCACUACAUCAGACCUCAGACGUUCGGCGGGGACUUGACAUGCGUUGCAUGGAAUCAUUCCACCGACGAACCCUUCAUGUUUGCCACGGGCAGCCACGAUGGUACGGUACGUAUAUGGACGACGCCAGCGGGGGACCGCUCAUCUGAUGACGCGUCUUACCUGGAGCGGCGCACCGAUGUUGGUACGACAGUUUCGGAUCAGUAUGCAUCUUCGCCCAUCCUGGGCCCGCCGCCUGUGCCUCAGGCUGGACCCAGUCGUAGGGGUCGCGAAAGAGCACCGACCAUACGGACUACAUUCACACUUUCGCAAGGGUAGGACAUUGUUUGCAUUCCAUAUGGACGCCAUGCAAUGGGUAUAUGUGAGUCUGCAUACAUUGGCGUUCAGAUGGAUUUUAUAGAUAGGUAUAUAUUGUCUUGUCGGGUAUUUUAUUCACGACAGCAUAGUUAUGAUACAACCUUGUAAUCACGACUAUUCUCCCUUAAACACCCUCUUGGAGAUUACGCUUGAAUAAUGAAAACAG